UCAAUUUUGUCCAUUUUUUUCGCUUAAUUGCUUCAAAAAAUCCGUAAAUAAAAUCGUUUUUUCCCACAUUUUUCCAAAAUUAUUUUGAUUUUUUUUUGUCUUGGAAAUUUCAUUUUCUUUCAUCACCGUUCAAAUCACUGAUGUCGGUAAAAACAAAUAGCAAAGUGUCUUCAUCAUCACCAUCGUCUUCAUCGUCACCUUCAUUAUCACCAUCAUUAUCAUCAUCAUCCGCAUCAUCCUCAUCUUCAUUAUCAUCACCAUCAGCAAACGAAUCGAUUAUUGAAAAUAAUCCAAAUUUUUCGAAAAAAUCACGACAACCAACAAAACCAACAAUGGUGAAAACUAUUUCGACUGCUAAAAUAUCUAAACCAAAUUCAAUUUCAUCAAGUUUUUGUAUUGAAGCAUUAUUGGCAAGAUCCAGUCAUCCAAAAAUUAAAUCAACAACAAUUAAUUCGGGAAUUAAUGAAAAUUCAUUCAGAAGAUCACCAAUACUAAAAAUUACUGAUAAUGAUGAUAAUGAUGAAACAACCGGAUCUCCAAGAUCAAUAUCAAGUCCCAUAACAGUAGAUGCUGUUACUGUUGCCAAAAAUGGAUUUGAUCCGACAAAAAAUAUUGAGACAUCAAUCAAUGAUCAUAUUAAAUCACCAUGGCUUACAUUACCUCAACAUUCAGCUAAUCCGAUAACAUUAUCAACAUUGUUCGCUCAUCAACAACAACAAUCACAACAACAUUCUUCAUCAAUAUACGCAUCAAUAUAUCCAUCAUCAUCAUCAUCAAUGAUUAUGAAUGCUCAAGAUCAAGCAACAAUUCACCAUCAAAAUGGUAAUGGCGAAGGAUCAUCAACAGCAACAACUACAACAACAACAACAUCAUCAUCAUCACAAUCAAUUUCAACAUUUCCAACAUUGCCAUUUUUCACGAAUGCAUCGGCAUUUCAUUCAGCAUUUCAUCAGAUUGCUACUGCUGCAUCAGCUGGUAAAUCGAUAGCUGCGGCUGCUGCUUCUAUUGGUGAUGGACAACAGGCUACUGCAGCCGCUCAAGCAUAUGAAUGGUUAGCCAAAGAGAUGCUUUGUCAAAAUGGCCAAAAUAAUUCAACAACAAUGAUUGGUAAAUCACGAAGACCACGAACAGCAUUUACAAGUCAACAAUUACUUGAAUUGGAAAAUCAAUUCCGUAUGAAUAAAUAUCUAUCCAGGCCUAAACGUUUUGAAGUGGCCACUAAUUUAUGUCUAUCCGAAACACAGGUGAAAAUCUGGUUUCAAAAUCGUCGAAUGAAAUGGAAACGUAGUAAAAAAACGGCACAAGAAACAAAACAGAAUUUAUCAUCAUCAUCAUCGAAAUCAUCAUCAACGGCAACUGCCAAAAAUAAUAGAUCAGGCAAUACAGUAUCAACAACAAUGGCCACAAUGAAUCAGGAUUCAAGUGAUGGUCGAAUGUCGGCUAGUGACAAUGAUUAUGAUUCGGAUAAUUCUAAUCCGGUUCAUUAUUCUGAUGAUGAAAAUAAUCCAAGCAUUGAUGGAAGAAUAACAAAAUCUUUAUCAGCAAAUGGUGGAUCAUCAUCAUCAUCAUCAACAGUGACCGUCGGUGAUCGAUCAUCAACACCAUUAUCGUUAUUCAAAACAUUGAAAUCAUCGCAUGAAAAUCAGGUUAUUAUUGAACAUCAUUCACAUCCACACAAUCUUCAUAAUCCAGUGAUGCCUCUAUGGAUUGAAUGUGGACGUUAUGCAAAUAGACAUUCACCCGGUGAAACAAUAGAUAUUGGUAAAGUAACAACGUUAAGUGGAAAAAACAGCGGCAACGUUAAUCAUAGCGGUAAUCAUGUUGUCGGUAACAAUACAUCAACAGGAUCCCAUCAUUUACAUGGAACAGGAACUAUUGGUUCGGUUGAACCAUUCUAUAGACAAUUUGUAAGCUAAAUCAGCAAUCAUUUUAUGAUGAUUAUUAUGAAAACAAUAUAAUUGCAAUAAAUAACAUUGUGUGUACAGAAUAAAAUUUUUUGAUUGACAAAAUUUAAUUUAUACAUUAUCAUCAUAUUUCCAUAUAAAAUGUAGAUGAUCACACAUCCAUACACAAACAAU